CGAGUCAGUACGGCCAUUUAUCUAGCUCAGUGCUCACUACAACUGGAGGCAGACACCUACCCUUAUCUCCCUUUGUUACUGAGCCUAGCUUUGAGAUCCGAAACAUGGCUGCUUCACUACGGACGACGCUCUCAAGACGUUCUCUGUUUUCCUCAGCUGCGAGAUGUAACAGGUUUACUCCCGUGCCAACUUCACUACCUGGCUUCCGAUGCAUUGCGACUGCGACGGAAGUGACUCUGAAUCCAUUACCAGGUAUUGACAUAUCUAAGCUGGUCAUUGAGAAGACACAGAAGCCAAAGGAGAUGCCACCUUACGAGUCGCUCAAAUUUGGACGUAACUUCACGGAUCAUAUGCUGACCAUCCCAUGGACUCUGGAGGAGGGCUGGGGAACGCCUAAGAUCGAGCCGUACGGACCUUUGGCUCUUGACCCGAGUUCCACCGUGUUUCACUACGCCCAAUGUCUAUUCGAGGGGAUGAAGGCCUACCGGGACGUCAAUGGCAAGGUCACAUUAUUUCGUCCUGAUAUGAAUAUGCUUCGUAUGAAUCGAAGCGCUCAGCGCAUUGCACUUCCCACGUUCGACGGCGACGCCCUAACUGAUCUCAUCAAGAAACUCGUUGCCUUUGAGAAGAACUGGAUCCCGCAGCUACCCGGCUAUAGUCUCUAUAUUCGCCCCACUAUGAUCGGCACCCAAAAAUCUGUCGGCAUUACCCCACCCGACUCUGCUCUUCUCUUCGUAAUCCUCAGUCCUGUAGGCCCAUAUUAUCCAGACGGCUUUAAGCCCGUCGCUCUUUACGGAACGACAGAGUACACCCGUGCCUCUCCUGGUGGCACUGGCGAAUUCAAGCUCGGCGCUAACUACGCACCAAGCGUUUAUCCCCAAAAGAAAGCCGCGGAGGUUGGAUAUGUCCAAAACCUCUGGUUGUAUGGCCCAGAACACUACCUCACCGAGGUCGGCACCAUGAACCUCUUCGUCGUCUUCCGCAAACCCGACGGUACCCUUGAGCUUGUGACCCCUCCUCUCGACGGCAUGAUCCUCCCCGGCGUCACCCGCGACUCCGUCCUCCAACUCGCCCAAUCCCACGCCGCGGGGACUCUCAACAUCCCAGACCUGACGGACAAGCUCGUCGUCUCAGAAAGGGGCGUGACGAUGAAGGAAGUGAAAGACGCGGCAUUGGAGGGAAGGCUCGUCGAGCUGUUCGGGACCGGUACGGCGGCGGUGAUCAGCCCCGUAGACAGGAUCGGCUAUCAGGGCCAAGACGUCCAUAUUCCCGUGGAGUCGGACGGGAUGGGCCCUGUGUCGAGACCUAUUUGGAAAGAGCUCAUGGGGAGACAGAUGGGGACGAUCCCUAGCGACUGGAGCGUCCAGGUCACUGAGUGAGCGGAGUGUCUGUCAGUUGGGCGAGGGACACAGACGCCGUAGAGUGAAAAGAGUACUCUGCGAUUCACUUGCUGUGGGGGUAACGGUAAUGAUAUUCAUGCUUGGGAUAUUACUUAACAUGUCUUGUUUAGACGCCUUGGAUUGUCGUGGUAUACUUAUUGUGCAGGCUUGAGACUAUAGAUUUUAAUUUACUUAGGGAUGUGUUGUGUUCUCUUGCCAUGUACCCAGUACUAUGCCACAGAAUUCUUACACACGGCCUGUUUUCUC